AGAUUUGUCUCGCACACGCACACACGCAUUUCACAACUGGUGCCGAAGAGCACCGCAAACGUUUGGUGUAGCUUUCUUCGCCAAUAUACUGAACACGCUGUCGACGGAGAGAGAGAGAGAGCCCGCCCGCUUCCAGUGGCUCACGUCCUCUUCUCAUUUUUUACUUGGAUCCACAAACCUUUUUUAUUGUUAUUGCUGUUUUGGCCACUCAGACCGCGCCUCGGACUUUCAUGCAAGAGAGCAAUCAAACCAUGACAGCUAGGAGUGCAAAAGAGCCGCCAUUGCCGAGAGAUCUGCAAUCGCGCUUCGACGCGCUCGCAUGUCGGCCGUGGGACCGCGAUGACGAUGACGCGUCCACGCACCUCACCCAGCUCCUCGCCGACUGGAAAGAGCUGGGCAACGCUUGCUACAACCACAGCUGCUUCCUUGCCGCCAUCCGGUGCUACACAAAGCUCAUGGCCCUCCCGGGCGGGGACACGGCAGCAAUUCGCAGCAACCGCAGCGCUGCCUACCUGCAGUCAUCCAUGCACGCCGGCCCUGCAUUGGCGCUGAAAGAUGCAGAGGCCGCAGUGGAAAUGGAGCCGAAGUGGUUCAAAGGACAUCUACGUGUAGCGGAUGCGCAGCGACGGCGGGGGGACGUCGUGGAGGCAGACGCGGCGUAUCGGCGCACUCUCGCACUUCAGCCGACAUGCGAAGGGGCACACCGCGGCCUGCGUGCAUUAAAGGAGACGGUUCGACUAAGUGGCGCAGCACCAGGGACGCAAACAGAUGCGACCACGUCCUCGUUUUCAACGGCCAGAGGCACGUCUUCGGCGUCAGAGCACACGACAGCCGGAGCAGCCCGCAGCACAGAGGCGCCGCCGAUCACGCAGGAGCAACGACUGGAGAGGUGGAAGCGCGAGACGAGCGUGCGUGAGGAUCGGACUGGGAUGCGACCCCGGCCUGUCUCCUUAGCCGAGGCUGAUCGCCAGAAAGGCGCGGCUAUCAAGCAGACAAUGCUGGAGAGGUUCCGUUCUAAGGUCGAGACUGACGAGACGUUCAGCAGCACCCUCCGAGAGCGCCGUGAGGAGGAGAUGAUGUUGGGCGACGGCGUGGACUACCGCGAUGGCGACAAGUAUCUCCGCGUGUAUGCGCACUCCACCAACGGCAUCGGGCUUGGCAUAUCGGCAGAUGCGUACAAGGAGCACACGGGACAGGUAGACCACCGAACAUGGUAA